AUGAAGAUUCUGUCUAGUGUUUAUCUAUCUAUAUUAAUCCAUCAAUUACGUACAUUACUUAUCGUUGUUGCAAAAGAAACAUGUAGUGUGGCAAAAUUUGUUUGUUAUCAGUGCGAUUCACGUGUGGAUGAUUAUUGUGGUGAUCCAUUUAAAAUGCAUCAUGCUAAUCGAACAGUUGAAUGUGCUGAUUAUUGUGUGAAAUUUUUUCAUUUUGAUGGUACAUCAACAAAUGAUACAUUUAUACGACGUGGUUGUUUAAAUGAUUAUUUUCUUUAUCGUUUAUCAAAAAUAGAUGUUUGUUAUCGACAUGCAACUAGUACAAAUUUUAGUAUUGGAAGAUUUUGUAUGUGUGCAAAAGAAAUGUGUAAUCAAGGUUCAAUUGAAAAAAAUUCAUUAUAUUUUAUUAUUACAUUUCAAUUAUUUAUAUUUAUUAAAUUAAAAAGGAUAUUUUUCUAG